AUGCUUCACUCUCCCUCUCCACUGAAAACAGCUCUGGCAUAUGAGUGCUUCCAGGAUCAGGCCAAUUCUACUCUAGCUUUGCCCUCAGAUCAUAAGCUGAAAACAAGAGGGACAGGAAAACAAAGGGUCCAGGAGCAAGUGAUGAUGACAGUGAAGCGACAGAAGCAAAAGACCUCACUUUCAUCAGCAUCAAAUGCAGCAGGCCACUCCAACCGAGGUUCCAUUUAUGAUGGUGUAGCUGAUGGUUACAGUUAUGGAACAGCCCGUGGAAGCUACUAUGCCAAAGCCCACACAGGAAAUAACUGGGGCAAUGCGAUGUACAAUGGAACCCUCAAAAGAGAAGGUGCAGAGAACAAGCGCUACAGUUCAUACAGCCAAAUGGAUAGCUGGGGUGGAAGGAACUACAACAAGAUCUGCAGUCCUACCAGUCCUGGCAGUGAUUACUGCUUUGUUCAGAAUAUGAAGAGUAGUCGGAGUGAGCCAGAUCUCUACUGUGACCCUCCGCGAGGCACACUAAGGAGAAACCAGAGUGGAAGCCGUGUGAGUCACAAAGCAAGUCUGAAUCGUCACAGUCUCUACAGCAAUACAUGCAACAACCAGGGAAUUACUACCACUACAAGGACAAGCAAGAGAAUUCCAGUCCGUAGUUCCUCUUACACUUCUGCUAACAAGCAAGAUGUGGUCUAUGCUCAGCCGGUAGCUAGCAAACAAGAUGUGGUCUAUGGACAGCCUCCUUCCAAUUCAAAAAUUACCCAUGAUGAGAUGGAUUAUGGAGCAAUGACCAUCCAGAAAGCCAUUCAGUUCCUGUGUUCCUCAGAUGAGAAAUACCAGGCCAUGGGUGCUUACUACCUCCAGCACACCUGCUUUCAAGAUGAGUCUGCAAAACAAGAGGUCUACCGCCUUGGUGGCAUUUCCAAGCUCAUUGAACUUCUCCGUAGCCCAGAUGAAAAUGUACAGCAGGCUUCAGCUGGAGCCCUCCGAAACUUAGUCUUCAGAAAUCCAACAAACAAGUUAGAAACCCGACGGCAGAAUGGAAUUCGAGAGUGUGUGAGCCUUCUCAGGAGGACUGGAAACACAGAAAUACAGAAGCAGCUGACAGGUUUGCUCUGGAACCUGUCAUCCACUGAUGAACUGAAAGAAGAUUUGAUACAUGAUGCUCUCCCUGUUCUGACUGAUCAUGUGAUUAUUCCUUUUUCUGGUUGGUCUGAUGGCAUUAGUAACAGAUCAAGAGAAAUUAUUGACCCUGAAGUUUUCUUUAAUGCCACUGGCUGUUUGAGGAACCUGAGUUCUGCAGAUGUUGGACGCCAAACCAUGAGAAACUACCCUGGACUGAUUGACUCUGUAAUGACUUAUUCCCAGAACUGUGUGGCUGCCAAUCGGCCAGAUGAUAAGUCUGUGGAAAACUGUAUCUGUAUCCUGCACAAUCUGUCUUACCGCCUGGAUGCUGAGGUGCCUAAUAAAUACACACAGCUUAACCACAUGGCCAGGAGCACUUACACAGACAAAAGCCUGACAGGCUGCUUCAAUAACAGAGGAGGAAAAAUGGAGUAUGAUGAAUAUGAUCUACCUCUACCUGAAGAAGACUAUAAACCCAGAGGGUCCAGCUGGUUGUACCACUCAGAUGCCAUUCGCACAUAUUUGUCUCUAAUGGAUCAGAGCAAGAAAGAUGCCACCUUGGAGGCUUGUGCUGGAGCACUGCAAAAUCUGACUGCAAGCAGAGGACUGAUGUCAAAUGCAAUGAGCCAGCUAAUUGCUUUAAAGGAAAAAGGGUUGCCUCGCAUAGCACGGCUCCUCCAAUCCACCAAUUCCGAUGUUGUCCGAUCUGGAACAUCCUUGCUAAGCAAUAUGUCUCGACACCCCGUCCUCCACAAAACUAUGGCUCACCAGGUGCUCCCAGAUGUGACUCGUCUUCUAGCCCUUCUGUCUCCUGGUUCCAGCAACUAUGGAGACACUAUGACAUCUGCUUGCUACACCCUGAGGAACCUAAUGAUAGCCAACCCCCAGAUGGCCAAGCCCUACUUGACAGGCAGCUUGAUAAAUAAUGUAGUGGGGCUGUGCCGAAAUGGAACCUAUCCCAAAGCAGCUGAAGCUGCCCGCUUGCUACUGUCUGACCUGUGGUCAAACAGAGAACUUCAGUCUAUACUAAAACAGCAAGGUUAUGACAAGAAUAUGAUGGGAUCCUUAACAGGAAGCACAUUCAGGAACUUGUCUUCCAGAUUCUAAGGAAGCAUCU